UGCCUAAGCAACGAAACCCUCGACUUCAGCGGCCUGCCCCAAUCGGUCCCCAGCGAAUAUCGCCGCUCCUGCUCUUCCCGGAGAACAGCGGCGCCGCCUCGCUCGCUUUUCCUGCCAGCUUGAGCCUUGAUCGGGCAGCCCUUUGGAUCGCUGAACAGGGAAGUGAACAAGAUGAACCCUUCUUUCUCUUCUCCUACUACCAAUCUCCUCGACGAGGCUCUUGGGAUCGGUUGCACCGGUUCUGUACCGUGGCGCAUUGCCCUUGUCCAGGACUGCGUCGAGGCCAGCGGUGCUUUCCUCCUGCACCACCUCUUGAAGCGCUCCCUCUCCGCUGAAGCUGCCGGGGCCGUUGUGUUCCUCGGCCUCGCGCAGCCGUUCUCCCACUAUGACCGUGUCCUGCGGAAGAUGGGAUGCAAUCUAUCAUUGCAAAGGAACAAGAAUAAACUUCAUUUUAUCGACUUGCUUGAUUUAGAGUUUCUGGUGGCAGGUGGAACAGAUCAAAAUGCUAUCGAAGAUGGAUUCAUGAAUUUGUAUAAUAGGAUUUUGAGGUUUAUAGAAGCUAAUAACUUGAUGCAUAACAAUGGAGGAUGGAUUCGUAUCAUAAUUGAUGAUAUCUCUCUUUUGGAAAUAGCUGCUCAGGGCUCUAGCAGUCAUACCUUUGACUUUCUUCAGUAUUGCGCAACCCUUACCUCUGAACUGGAUUGUUCUCUGUUGAUUCUGAAUCAUGGAGAUAUUUAUUCAAGUGAAGAAGACCAGUGUCUGCUCUCGCAUCUGGACUACUUAUCGGAUGUUGUGAUAAAAGCAGAAACUCUAUCUACUGGUAUAGCUGUUGAUGUCCAUGGUCAGUUGACUAUCAUAAACAAGAGGGCCUUGGGUGAACUUGGAUGGUCAAGUAGCAAAGUUUACAAUUUCCAAUUCAAACUGAAGGAAAAUGCCGUUGAAUUCUUCUAUCCAGGGACCAAAUUCUAGGCCAUUUCGCCAUUAACUUCAUCGUGUUCUCUUUGUAUUAAUCUUCAUGGAACAAAGUAGUCUUGUUUAUUGUAAAUGUGAGCAGGCCCACAGUCUAACUAGUUCUUAGUGUAUUACAGUUAAAAUCUUAUACUUUCUAUUCUGAUAAAUUUGAUUGGGUUAUAUUUGAAUGUCA